AUGGAUCGUAUUACUGCGCCAAGCGUCACUCAAAAAGUGACAUCGCCGCCCGGUUCUCCCACGUCAUGGUUGAAGUCUGACACUGGUCCCAUGUUUCCCAAAGACAGGGCUGGUGCCAUCCGCGGAGAACGGCCACGUUUCGACUGGGUCUAUGAUCAGGCUGUAGCCUGUACUCAUGACAAGUUGAAUGGCGUGUUGAAGACUCAGCUGGAUGUUUGGCAUUGUCCCAAGACCAACGGUACGCAGCAUAUCUUGCGCGCGUCCUGCCACAUUGUGGAUACCAAUACCAGGCAGUCCAUUGAGCGUUGGUACAACAAGUCCUUCUUGGCGCCAAAGCCUCGGGUGGAAGGAUUCACUGCACUAGGUCCCUAA